GGGUCCAUGUGCCCCUAUGAAUGCUUGCAUUAUGUUUCUAUUGGCCAGAGAAACCUUCUAUGUUCUCUGUGAGAUUCUCAGGAGAGGAUGUGGUUCAGCCCUGCCCGAGGAGGAGAGCCUCCCCACCAUCAGGUGGCUGCUCUGGUACCAAUUGGCUCUGUGGAGGGAGUGGUGCAGAGCAUGCUGCUGACUCAGGGGAGGCUGGGGGUGUGAUGGCAAUGGGGGCCACAUCCAGGAUAAGAUGUCCUCCUGGUAUCCAAGGAAAAGUAUUACAUGGGAAAGCGGCAGGAUUAUUAUUGAGCCAUUUACGUUUGCUCUACCUCUUUGCCAUCCCCUCUCUAACCUGCUAGCUGGCCUUUUAGGACCUCCACAUCAGGAGAAUUUGGGUUGCAGAACCAAAGCAGAAGUGUCAGUAGAUUGCCCCUCCACCUAUGGGGGGUAGACUAAGCCAGGUGACCAGGGAGGGGGAGGGAGAGCAGGGAGAUUUUGGUCCUGAGACUAGGUGGGGAGUGAAGAGGUUAACCACGCUCCUCGUAGUAGCAGGGAUCUGCCCUGCUUGUAGCAGUACCCAGUGGAGGGGGUGGCCGAACUUCAGAGAGGAGAGGCCACCCAGUUCAUCUAGGGAGCCCCUCAGCCUGGCUGGACUUGAACCCUUCUUUUCUGGGAAGCAUGUGAGCGAACAGCCUUUAAGUGACCACAAGAGCUUAGAAAACUAGGAUAAUAGCAAUGGAAGUCCUUCGCCCUAAUAUUCUAGGCCUACCAGAUUCCCUUAUGACACAACAAAAGAUGGAGAUUUCCUCCCUCCUGCUGGGACAGAGGCUUAGAGGAGCCAGAUUUACUCAGUUUGAUUUCACUCUGCAUCGGGAAUACCAGAGGCCUAGGCCAAGGAAGCUCAACUUCCUUUGGUGGUUAUAAGGUUAAUUGCCUCAUUCAUACUUGCCAUGACAAGCUAAGCGGGCCCCCUAAAAUUACAGGGAUAGAACUGUAGUCUCUGAAUGAGUGCUUUCCUCGUUAAGUCAUUUACUUCCUUAAGAUUUCUGGAAUGGAAACUAGGCCUGAUGGUCCAGCCGUUGCUGUCUCUGGAGCCUCCUACUCCAUAUCACCCCACAGGGUCCAUGCUAGAAUUUUCUCUUGGCACCCUACAUUCAGCCAGUCACCACACCCUACCAAGUCUACUUCCAGAGGAUCUCCUGAGUCCAUCCCUCUGGUCCCGCACCAUCAUUGCUCACCCUCUUGUUUCUUACUGGCCUGCAAUACAGCAGGCUCCUCCACAGCCCUAAUCUCUGGCUCUGGCUCUGGCUCUGGCUCUCCGGAUGUUUCCAGAACUGCCUUCGUGGAACUCCAGCUGCCUGUCUUGCUACUCUACUGCUUAAACAGCCACAGGAGCUCCUUUCUUUCUCACUGGAUAUGGUUUGACCUCCUCACUAUGAUAUGAAAAUCCCUUCAGAGUUUGGAUGCUUUCCUCCUCCCUUGCAACCUUCUCUCCGAGAACAUCUCAAACAUGCCAGGCCCAGUUCAGGACUCCACAGUCAAAUUUCAUAGGUGGAAAAAUGAAAACAAACAAGCAAACACACAAAAAGUCCCUCAAAUGAGUUCCAGUAAGGGAGAACUCAGAGAGCUGUCAGGAAUGAAAUUCAGUUCUGACUUGCCCUGUCACCCUAUUCCAACCCUAGUUUGUCUUACCCUUUCAGCUUGAAUGAUCUGUGUUCCUUGAAAAGUCCAAAUUCUCAAGGUAGCUGAUUGCUUGCUGCCCAAUCAGUGGGUUUCCUGGUCUCCGAUAAGGUGGCCAUCUCUGGCUAAUCAGUCGUGGUGACAUGGGAGGUUGUUGUGUGGUGUGUGUGGGCUCUUCCACGGGCUGAGACCUGGGCAGAUUCUCCAGAGCAGUCCUUCUAGGCCUUAGUGUGCAUAUGAAUCAUCUGGGGAGCUUGUUAAAAAGCAGAAAUGAACUCAGUGGAUCUGCAGGAGGGCGGGAGUGGAGCUGGGAGUCUGCAUUUCUAACAAGCUCUUGGGUGAUGUUGAUGCCCCUGGUCUAUGGACCACACUUUGAACAGGGAGAUUCUACAAGGGCUGUAGUCAGGACAUGGAGUAAAAAGUAUUCAAUACAUUCCUCUUAUUCUAGAGUGUUCUCUAAUCUUUAUUGCCAUGAAAAAAAAAAUUCUGAUCGGUGUUUAAAGUACAAUUUAAAUGUAACUUCUAUGGAGGUUAUUUUUUUCUCUCAUGGAGUUAAUCACAUGUAAAUCCUUUGUGAUAUCCCAAUGAUCAUUUGCCUAAUAGCUACGUGUAUAUAUCUGUCCCCUCCGUUUUUUGUUUAUUCUAUUUAAUGUAUUUACAUACGGUUUUUCUUUGUGUACAGUUUUGAUGUGCAAUCCGAGUUUUAACCAGCUUGUACAGUUGUGUAACUACCACCACGAGAGGUUCAGAAGAGUUGCAUGGCCCCCAGAUUCCCUUGUGCUGCCCUCCCUGCAACCCCAGCCCCUGGCAACCACUGACCUGUUUCUGUUCCUAUACUUUUGUCUUUUUCAUAAUGUUAUAUAAGUAGAGUCAUACACCAUGUAGCCUUUUGAGUCUCCUCCAUUUUGCUGUAUUUAUGGACCUGAGAUAAUAUGUAAUUCAUCUUUGUUUCUGCCCAGAUAAAUGCCUAGCAUAAAUUUGGUGUUCGGCUACUCCUAUUAGCAGUUCGGCAUUUUCUCUUGUAUUGGAAUCAUCUGCAAGGCUUGCUGAGCCACAGAGUGCAGGAGCCCACCUCCAGAGUUUCUGAUUCAGUAAGUCUGGAGUGGGGUCCAGGAAUUUGCAAUUCUUACAACUCCCAGAUGAUGCUGAUGUUGUGCUCUGGGAGCCCCACUUUGAGAACCAUUGACCCACAGGCUCUGUGCGAUUAUCAAACAUCUCAGGAGAUUCGUAUAUGCCUGCAAAUUUGUGAAUUGCAGCCUCAGUGCCAUUGAAAGGGAAGGGAGUGUUCUUGUGGUACUUUUUUAUACCACACGUGGCUCUCUGCUUUACCAGGGAUAACUUCUUCAGCUCACAGUGACUCAAGAAGCAGAGAACACUGAGAUUUGCUUGAUUCAGUCAUUCUCCCCUUGGGAGGGAAACCAAGACGAACGCAUGGACUCCUGUAGAGGAUGCCAAUGCCAGUCAUAAGCUAAACCAGUUCCAGUUCUCUCUGGUUCUUCACACAGGCUCGAACAACGUUGGUGUGGAAACCGUGUGUGAGUAUGUGUGUGCCAUCUUAGAGAAAGCCAAUGCGAUUAAGGCUGGAUCUGGACUCUGAGGGACAGCUCCUGUGGAUGCUGAGGAUUAGCGGUAACAGCUGCUGUCCCGCCCAUUAGAGGAGACACAGAAGAGAGAACAAAAGACUUGUUUAAAGGAUGCAUCCCUGCAACUCUGAGUGGGGGUAGCCUUUCCAUCAAGGCUGAAGGAAAGUGUGAUACUAGCUGUUACUUCUCGUGACGCAAGAUAAGGGGAGGAUGAGGGUCCCCGCUGCCCUCACAGGCUGGGCUUGUGCAGCUCUCUGCCUGGCUUCCUGCUCAACUGCCUUUUCUCAUGGUGCCGGCUCGGUGGCCUGUCAGGACAUGCAGCCCAAGCACCUUCAAGCCCAGCCUCAGAACCCUGGCACACACCACAUCACCAUUCAUACCAGCAGAUCUUCCUACUUACCGGGAGACAUCGUUCCAGUGACCGUGAGAAGCAGUCGGGAUUUCAUGGGAUUUCUACUACAGGCUCGAAGAGUCUCUGAUCAUCAAAUAGCUGGCACUUUUGUUUCCAUCCCUCCUCAUUCCAAACCGAUGGCUUGUUUUCAAGAGGCUGACACAGUCACCCACUCUGACAAGUCCCGGAAGAGAAACCUGGCCUUCGAGUGGCAGGCUCCUGCCCAGCCUGUGGGGGAUAUUAGAUUCCUUUUAUCAGUGGUCCAGUCAUAUUUCGUUUACUGGGAGAGGAUUGAAUCCCCUGUGAUGUCUCAACAGACACGCAGCAGAGCCCAUCAUGAUGGCCCCGUGCAGCCCAGCUCACCGAUGCCAACCCCUGGGUGGAGGCCAGAGGGAACGGAAGGAAUCGCCCCAGCUCCCAGUCCCCCCACCACUCUUCCCCAGCAACGUGCAGACAUCUUUGCUGUUGCCCUAACUGGAGCUACAGAGGAGAACAGCUUAGAUUCUUCUCCUGCCAGUUUUUGGGUGAUGGAAUUUCCUGGGGGCACAGAGACUCUGUUGCAAUCAUCUUCACACACAGCUACUGCAAUCAACAAUGGCCAGCAACACAGAGGGGACAGCAGCCCAACCCUAGAACCAUCCUUGGAUGUCCGUGGGCUGGAGAGACUCAUGGCUCCUGGGAGAUUCUCCUCAGAGGGCAUUGCUUCCAGCUCUAGCACCUACUUCAGGACUCAGGAUGAUCCAAGCUUUGGUUCAUUGGAAACUUGCCUGCCCUCGGAUAGGGAUGAACAGGACAAGAUGGAAUCUUCUAAUAGGACUGUGAUGAGAUCCCAUCUGUCCACUGUCCAUCUUACCUAUCCUCGGCAUUUCUGGUCCUCUGAAGCAUUCACUGGGAGUGAGGCUAGGGCAGCCACCUCAACCCCUGUCUUCCACACUUCUGCCACUUCUAGGCCACCUGCUGCAGGCAGCCAGUCAGAGGCAUCUAGGCCUUCUGCCAGCUUCUUACCUCAGUCGAAGUACAAGGAGCCCAGAGUGGGGGAGGGAAACGGAAGGGGCAGAGGGGGAUACCCCAGGAAGCCCAACCCAAGGCCUGAGGUUGAGCAAGAGGGACACAGUGCCCCUUUGGGGCUCCAGCUCAGGACUUCCCAGCUGGGAAUCCUGCUUUGCCUUUCAGCCACCUUGGGCAUGGCCCUGGCUGCUGGCCUUCGCUACCUGCAUGCCCAAUAUUGCCACACUCAGACGGAAGUAUCCUUCAGUGAGCCUGCUGGGGAUGCUAUUACCAGCAGCGACGGAGGCGAGACUGUGCAUGUCAGGAAGAUCGGGGAGAACAGUUUUGUUUCAGUUGAAGUGGAAUACAACUGGAUCACUUCCUCUGUGGGUAGUGAGAAAACAGUCCUCUGAGAAGAUCGUGGUACUAGGCAGGCCUCUGAGUGGCUGUCCCUAGACCCUGCGGUGUCUCAGCCAGAACAGAGCUAAUGAGAAUAGCUGAUGAGGACAGGGGCUCCCUGUGCCCCCAUCAGUGAGCAGUUAGUGGAGGAAGCUGUGAGCAGACCGUUUUAUCAACAGAGGGAGUUCUGCCCGAGCUUUGUUGUCUUAACAUCUGUAAUUUAGCUGCUUUUUUUUUUCUUUUCACAAUUAGACGUUCUGUUUGAAGAGUUAAACUCCACACAAUGAAUAUUGUAUAACCUGCUCAUUAACUAGACUCCUGUGGCCGCCAAGCUUCCUCUGUUGCCUUAAGGAACCUGCAGAAAUAGAAAUUCUGUCCCUCCUCAGUAUGUCAGCCUCAUCCCUUCCAACUCUUUGAAAAAAAAAUAAUAAUAAUGUUGGGGUUGUGUCUCUUGCAAGAAAAAGAACCGUGGCCCUCACUUUGCCUCUCCAAACCACCCCAGAAGAAGUUUCAUUUUCAACACUGGCUCUGCUUCGGUUGACUAGGUGAGUGCAAGGGUAUUCAGUCUUCUUGGAAACUCAGAAGCCUGGGAAAUCCCCUUGGAAAUUGAUCUGAAGCAAGGAGAGUUUGAGAGAGCUCGACUGAACACAUCUGUGGGAAAACGUAUACAUGCUGCAUAAACACCAGAGUGGGGUAAGCACGCCUCUUCAUCAGGUGUAAAUGGAUCUGAGACUUCCCAUCCAUUUACACUUGAUGGGAGGCUUAUGAAUCCUAACAGCUAGCAAACAUAUUGCCUUUUGCCGAAGGUCAGGCUGAAAAAAACUGAUGAUCCCACAGUUUGAAGAAGAGCCUCUACUCAUCUUUUCAGGGAGAAAAGGAAGACAGCAUUGUGGACAAAGCCCAUUUUCCUGCUCUUGUGAUUUACGAAGAUCACUUUGAUUUAGGACGUGUCCCAUAGAUACUGUGUGGGGUCAACAGGUUUGACUAUAACUUUUGAAUAUACUCACCUAAUAUGACACGUAGAAAUUAGCUGCCUUUUCAGAGCUAGACUUGCUACAGAGUCACAAAGCAUUUUAAUGUAGAAACAGGAAAACACGACACAUCUGGCAAGGGUGUUUAUUCAUCCAGCACCUAGAUCGUGCAGGUAGUGUGCUAACUUUGCAUACAUUUUCACAUUUAACUUUCACAAUAACUUAAUGAGGAAAAAGUGUAGUGACUUGCCAAAGAGAGAGAGGCUUUCAUGACAUCUCAGUUCAAUAACAAAAACAUUUUUUUAAAAAAACUGGGGUGUGGGAAAGAGCUAGAUCCUGCUGUUUUUCCAGCCUCUUAUAGCUCACUGGGCACUAAUACCACAAUUGUUUCCUCCUGGAUUCUGGGCUAGGCAGAUCUGUCCUGUCUUUAGUCAAGUGCCUCAUUAGGACCAGGGGGACCUAGGUAAUUGUGUGUUCACAAAUGAAAGUGUUCUAGGAAUGCUGUGGAAAUGAGUGAAUUUACUGUACUCCAAUGGCAGCCACAGAUAUCCUUUUACAUAUCUCGCCCUCCUCAAAUGAAAUCCUCCCCGAGAUGCAGACGAGGAACCCACCAGUGGAGAGCUCUCCUCUGACCAUCACAUCAGAUGGCCAAGUGCACUACACGUACACCUUCAAGACCUUACCUGUCCAAGAGGACAUUUUCCUGGGUAAACAGACUGUUGUCUAUUUGUUUCACAACUGUUUGAAAUAAACUAUCCCCAAACUCAAUGGUUUAAAAUA